AUGAUCGUGGGUUCGAAUCCCAGAUUCACCCUGAAUAUUAAUCCGUGGUCAGGAGUUUCACAAUUUGAGGGCACACCUCCCAUAUUUGAGGGCACACCUCCCAUAUUUGAGGGCACACCUCCCAUAUUUGACGGCACACCUCCCAUAUUUGACGACACAGAUCCCAUAUUUGACGGCACACCUCCCAUAUUUGACGGCACACCUCCCAUAUUUGAGGGCACACCUCCCAUAUUUGACGGCACACCUCCCAUAUUUGACGGCACACCUCCCAUAUUUGACGGCACACCUCCCAUAUUUGACGACACAGAUCCCAUAUUUGACGGCACACCUCCCAUAUUUGACGACACAGAUCCCAUAUUUGACGGCACACCUCCCAUAUUUGGCGACACACCUCCCAUAUUUGACGGCACACCUCCCAUAUUUGACGACACAGAUCCCAUAUUUGACGGCACACCUCCCAUAUUUGGCGACACAGAUCCCAUAUUUGACGGCACACCUCCCAUAUUUGACGGCACACCUCCCAUAUUUGACGACACAGAUCCCAUAUUUGACGACACAGAUCCCAUAUUUGAGGGCACACCUCCCAUAUUUGACGACACAGAUCCCAUAUUUGACGGCACACCUCCCAUAUUUGGCGACACACCUCCCAUAUUUGACGGCACACCUCCCAUAUUUGACGACACAGAUCCCAUAUUUGACGGCACACCUCCCAUAUUUGGCGACACAGAUCCCAUAUUUGACGGCACACCUCCCAUAUUUGACGGCACACCUCCCAUAUUUGACGACACAGAUCCCAUAUUUGACGACACAGAUCCCAUAUUUGAGGGCACACCUCCCAUACUUGACGACACAGAUCCCAUAUUUGACGGCACACCUCCCAUAUUUGACGGCACACCUCCCAUAUUUGACGACACAGAUCCCAUAUUUGACGGCACACCUCCCAUAUUUGACGACACAGAUCCCAUAUUUGACGGCACACCUCCCAUAUUUGGCGACACACCUCCCAUAUUUGACGGCACACCUCCCAUAUUUGACGACACACCUCCCAUAUUUGACGACACAGAUCCCAUAUUUGACGGCACACCUCCCAUAUUUGGCGACACACCUCCCAUAUUUGACGGCACACCUCCCAUAUUUGACGACACAGAUCCCAUAUUUGACGGCACACCUCCCAUAUUUGGCGACACACCUCCCAUAUUUGACGGCACACCUCCCAUAUUUGACGGCACACCUCCCAUAUUUGAGGGCAAACCUCCCAUAUUUGGCGACACACCUCCCAUAUUUGGCGACACACCUCCCAUAUUUGACGGCACACCUCCCAUAUUUGACGGCACACCUCCCAUAUUUGACGACACACUCCUUCGUCUAAGGCGCCGCAUUCCACGAGUUGCGACCGUUAGGUGUGGCAGAAACCUAUAG